GACGUGCAUCGAUGUAACACUUGAAGUUAAAGCGGUUCGGAAGCGGAUUUUCUUUGAUUUGGUUGGGAUUGCAGUAAACAAGAAUACUUAUAUAGCAGGUUUUGCACCUCAGCAGAUGAGAAUACUGCUCUGGGGUGCCUGGCUUGCGGUUUACGUUGCAUUUCUUCUGUUUCUGCGGAGGAUGUGGACUGGGAAGCAUCUCCGGAGCCCACUCGCCAAAUCGCUGUACUUGAGCAUGAUGAAUGAGGCAGGAAGCUGUCACGACACAAAUCAGUGGUAUGUCUGUCACACCGACUUCCUGAAUAAGUCUCUAGAAGCCGCUUUUAUCCAGAGUCACCUGGAUGUUGAGACCCAGGAGUUUCUAAACAGAAGCAGAGAGAAGUCCACCUGGCUCCUCACUCAGAUGUACCACUCCUUUAUCUCCACUGUAUUCGGCCCUUUCAUGUCCAGGACCAACAUCAAUGGAUGGGUCUUUAAUUUUGUGUUUUUCUUCUUCAUAGGUGGGAAGUGGGUACAACCUUCUGAGCUCCUGAAUGUGCAGGGCCAGAUAUGGGAAGAUCAAGUGAACAGCCUGGCCGGUGGCGCCUUGUGGGAGGCCGGCUUUACUGUCGAGGCGUUCACGAGACUGCCUUACCUCUGCGAGGGCGACUUGUACAACGAUUACUACGUGCUGGAUGACGCCGUCUUUGUUCUGCGACUCCGCGACUCGAUCCCAGAGGAGGGGGUGCCAACGUUGGGUCUGCCAUAGAUGCUGUAGACCCCGGAUGAAUGGUAAAUUGUGAUAUGCCGGCACGUCGAGUCUGGUUGUGGUUGAACCUGCUUUUCAAUACGGAGAUUGAUUUGCGUCCUCUCCCGUUUUUUGUUUUUUUAUCCCCCAUUGUGGUUCAAACGUCACUUUCACGUCUGUGCCCCCAUAGCUUUUGACCACGUGUUCCAUCUUGUGGUUGGACUGUUUACUGCGUUUUUAAUGAUUUACAGGGAAUUCCAUUUUUUUGGUGCCACAAAGCAAGUGGAUCACAAACAGACUUUCAAAUCCACAAACGAAACUGAGGAACAUGCAGAACUCCAGCAGAUGCCACUGUGCAGGUUAGAAUUAUGUGCUUGAUGUGAUUAUUUUAUUGUUUUCUCUCCAUAAUGGAGUUAGCAAAAGACUGCAGUCCUGCCAACCUGAGGACCUUUGUGCCUAAAGGUCUGUAAGCCUGUACGAAAAAAUAAAAACAAAUACACCGUGUAUUAAAAAUCCAUCAUUUUAAUACAUUUUUAAAAAUAAAGCGUGACU